UCUAUUCCUAUUUUCUCUACUAGUUUGUUGCAUAUGAAUCUUGUGAUCCUUAACAUUUUCCUUUCUGGUAUUUUUCUCCAAAACAUUAAAAAAAUAAUAAUUUAGCCUUCUACUUUCAAAUGUUGUAGAUUUUAGCUAUCAAAUAUUUCUCCACACGAUUAAUUUAGAUUCAUGUUACAUACAGUGUAAAGCUCAUUAAAGGAAAAGUAUUUUUCAUACGAUUCGAAUCAAGAACCCCGAUAGAUGAUACACAAAAUUGGUGAAAGAAGAUAAAAUGGAGGACAAGAAAUUAACUUUUAUUAUGUAUCCAUGGUAUGCCAUGGGUCAUCUUACAUCAUUUCUUCAUUUAUCCAACAAACUUGCACAUAGAGGCCACAAAGUUUUCUUUGUCCAUCCUACAAACACACUUUCCAAAUUAGAAAAAUUUAAUCGUUAUCCCGAACUCAUAAACUUCAAAUCCGUCACAGUUCCACAUGUUGAUGGACUCCCACUUGGAGCUGAAACAACUUCAGAUGUUCCUAUUUUCAAUCAGAAUCUUCUUUGUCAAGCAUUGGAUCUCACAUUACCAAAGAUUGAAUCUUUAAUUCAAGAAAUCAAACCCCAUUUCAUUUUCUAUGAUUUUGCUUACUGGGUUCCAUCUGUUGCUCGAAAAUACGGAGUUAAGUCUGUGCAUUACUGUUCUAUUACUCCAUCAUCUGUUGGUUAUCUUAUGCGUGGCGAAAAUCCAACUUCAGAAGCUGAAAUGAUGCAACCUCCACCUGGUUUUCCAGUUGAUUCAUCAAUCAUGCUCCAUAAACAUGAAGCUCGUUUAAUCAUAGCUCUACAUUCAAUGGGGAAGAAUUCUGGUUCUGGCUCUGUAUCGUUCACUCAACGUAUGCUUUUGGCUUUUCAAGAUGGAGAUGCCAUUGCAUUCAAAACGACUCGAGAAAUAGAAGGACGUUAUUGUGAAUUUGUUGAGCACAAGUUCAAGAAACCAGUUGUGUUAGCAGGGCCAGUAUUGCCUGAACCAAUGGAGACUUCAAAUACAGAGGAGAAUUGGUCAAAAUGGCUCGAAAAAUUUCAAGAAAAGACGGUUAUUUUGUGUGCAUUUGGUAGUGAAUGUAAGCUCAAGAGAGAUCAAUUUCAAGAACUUGUUUUGGGACUUGAACUUACUGGCUAUCCGUUUUUCGCUGCUUUAAAACCGCCUAUUGAAGCUGACACAAUCGAAGAGGCAUUACCGGAAGGUUUCAAAGAGAGAACACAGGGGAAAGGCAUUGUUCAUUCAGGAUGGGCAGAGCAACAAUUGAUGUUAUCUCAUCCUUCUGUUGGAUGUUUUGUCACUCAUUGUGGCGGGAACUCGUUAUCGGAGGCUCUGAUUAAUGAGUGUCAAUUGGUUUUAGUACCAAAUUUUGGUGAUCAGUUCAUAAAUUCAAGAUUAUUUGGUGGAGACUUGAAAGCUGGAGUGGAAGUUGAGAGAAAUGAAGAAAAUGGAUCCUUCACUAAGGAUGGAGUUUGUAAGGCAAUCAAAAUGGUAAUGAAUGAUGAGAGUGAAGAGGGACGUAAAAUAAGGGCGAAUCGCGCAAAGUGGAAAGAGUUCUUGUUGAGUAAAGGGCUUGAGGAUUCUUACAUUGAUGGUCUUGUGCAGAAGCUACAAUGUCUACUAUGAUUGCAAGAGACUGUGUCCACAGCUUGAACCUGUAACGUUGUAACCUCCUAGUAGUUUGCCCAUAAGUUCUUGUUGAUUAAAGGACUUGAGGAUUCUUACAUUGAUGGUCUUGUGCAAAAGCUACAGUGUCUACUCUGAUUGCAAGAGACUGCUUUCACAGCUCGAACCUGUAACGUCGUAACCUCCUAGUAGUUUGCCAAUAGAGUUCUUGUUGAGUAAAGGACUUGGAGGAUUUUAACAUUGAUGUUCUUGUGCAAAAGCUACAAUGUCUACGAGACUAUUUUCACAACUCGAACCGGUAACGUUAUAACAUCCUUGUACUCAUAUGAUAACAACUUUACAAGUUACACGAGAGCAUCGUCAAUAUGUAAACUACGUAAAAAUGCAUUUAUCUUUCAUUUAAGUAUGUUAUUUUAGUUC